AUGCGCGUGGGCGAACGCGUGGGAAUCGUCGUGCCGAGCGGAGGGGCGCCGUUCGCGAGCGAACCGUUUUCGCCGGCGCCGCGAAACGUGUACGUCGAGUGGGAAGUCGAGCUGCUUUCGGUGACGCGAGAGGAAAAACCGAGCGUUGAUGCGAGCGUCGAGGAGGUUUUGAGGUAUUGUGAACGGAAGAAGGAGGAAGCGAACGCGUUGUUCGCUCGAGGUGAAGAAGAAAAUGGCUACGCCAGGGCGUUGCGGAGGUACGAGGACGCGGCGACGGCGUUGAGGCGAACCAUCAUGUCGACGGCGCGAGCCGGCGCGAAGGACGCCUUGGCGCUGGCGGUGAAGUGUCACGUGAACUCGGCGACGUGCUUGUCGAAGUUACAACGACACUCCGAAGCGAUCCUACACGCAGAGGCGGCUUUGGAUCUCGACGCGACGGCGGUGAAAGCCAUGUACCGCAAGGCGAUGGCGCUCGAGCAGCAAGGGCGGGACGAGGAGGCGUUGACUUCGCUUCGCGACGCCCUGGAGUUGAGCAAAGAUCGAGCGAUUCGCGAGGCGUUCGUGCGCGUGCGUCGACGCAUGAAUGCGGUGCACGAGGGCGAGCGUGAGGUGUGCGCGCGCAUGGUGCAGACGGAUCCAACGACGGAGCCGACGACGAGAGGAUUCGGCGAGCGCGCGGCGCAACUUUAUCGCAAGCGACCGGCGCUCGCGGGCGCGAUCACGGUGGCCGCGUUCGCGGCAAUGGUGAUGUACUUUAGACGCAGCGAGAAAUCUGCGUCGACGACGACGGCGACAUCUGAUUAG